AUGACAGGUAACGAGGAGCAUAGAGAGCGUAAGCGUAUGCUUACCUGCCCUUAUUCCAAUUCGAACAUUCUCGUCUCACAGACCCUCGGCAGUGUCCUCUCUCGCGUAUCGUGUCGUCUUAGAAAAAAGAUAGCAGGGUGGACAAGCACAGGUACCUCUGUCGAUGUGUACCAGCAGGCUAAAUGCUGCACCCUGGACGUUGCUUCCGGCUGGCUGUUUGGUAGCGAGAAUUUGACUGAUACCUUACAAGACCCAGGCUUCGAGAAUGACCUCACGACGUUGGCCUCAACUGCUUCCAAGAUAGUUUCCCUGAAAACAAGCCUCGGCUGGCCGAUGAGCUAUUUUACAAGCCGGAUUGGCAACAAGCUGCCCGAUCCCGACAUCACUACCGUCAACCCCGACAUACCGCGUAACGAAAUGGCUUCUUUCAUCGCUGUAGAGUGCGACAACCAUCUUUCGGCAAGCCAUCUCGGCCUGGGAACUUUGUUUUCAUAUACCAUGUACGAGCUAUCACGAAAUCCGGACUGCCAGCGAGCACUCCGGAAAGAGCUCCUCACUUUGGCCGAACCUAGCGAUCAAAGCUUGGCCCGUCGUGUUGCAGAUUUACCAGUGCUUGACGCCGUCGUUACCGAGACCAUGCGAACACGUGCACCCUGUCCUGGCCCCUUUCCUCGUGUUGUGCCAGACUCUGGCUGCCGGCUGGCGGGGAAGUUUGAUGUCCCCAGCGGCACCAUCGUCAGCUCCUCCGCCUGGGCCCUCCACUUCAACCCCGACCCAUUUCCGUCUCCGGAAGAAUGGCGACCGGGGAGGUGA